GAGCGGAACCAGCAGGGCGCCGCAUCUGUGCCAACAAGCGCCGCGGCCGCAGCUGCGCAAACAGGUGCUUCCCUCCGCUGUUCUCUGCGCUGCUCGGGUAUAAAAGCGGUGCGGACGUGCGCCCACUCUGCAAUCAACAUGGCGCCCAAAACGGUCUUCGCUCUCCUGGUCGUAGUCUGUCUCGCGGAGCUGACGUGGGCUUCUCCAGCUCCGUUCCACAGCAGGCGGUCAACGAACGCCACAACAGCUACUGCUACAAACGCCACAGCUAACAGUUCUUCCAACGACGCCGCCAGCGAUGACGACAGCUCGAGCAGCAAUAUAUUCAGCGAGAUCAAGGAACACGUAGACAACGUUUUCGGUAACAUAUUUGGCAAACGCUCUGUUGACUCCAGCAAUUCCUCUGACGUCAGCUCUUCCUCCAACACCACCACCAGCAGCAAUGACACUUCCUCCGAUAACGUUUUCGACGAAAUUAAAGACAAUGUGGAAGGGUUCUUCGGUCACCUGUUCGGGAAGCGCGCCGUGAAGUUCCCGACACCUGACGUGUUCACCAAACUCUACGAGGAGUGGACAAACCAGAGAGCCAACCGCUCCGUCACCGUUAGAGCCACCAACAGCAGCUCCACAAUGGGCGACUUGUUUACCGAGGUUGUCAAGGGCUGGCUCAAUGGAGACUACAGCAAGCGGUCUGUUACAGUGAGGGAAACCGACAACAGCUUCACAAUGGGCGACUUGUUUGGCGAACUUUUCAAGGAAUGGCUCAAAGGAAACUUGGACAAGCGUUCCGUUACCGUGAGGGAGACCGACAACAGCAAGCGGUCUGUUACCGUGAGGGAGACCGACGACAGCUUCACAAUGGGCGACUUGUUUGUCGAACUUUUCAAGGAAUGGCUCAAAGGAAACUUGGACAAGCGUUCCGUUACCGUGAGGGAGACCGACAACAGCAAGCGGUCUGUUACCGUGAGGGAGACCGACGACAGCUUCACAAUGGGCGACUUGUUUGUCGAACUUUUCAAGGAAUGGCUCAAAGGAAACUUGGACAAGCGUUCCGUUACCGUGAGGGAGACCGACAACAGCAAGCGGUCUGUUACCGUGAGGGACACCGAUAACGGCUUCACAAUGGGCGACUUGUUUGUCGAGCUUUUCAAGGAAUGGCUCAAAGGAAACCUGGACAAGCGUUCCGUUACCGUGUAAACAUACAGAUAAUGGUCGAUUUUGUCAUGUACUUUGCGCACCACUUACAAGAGCAAUUAAGUGACUACAGAUGCAGCACACUACUUGAUCUGAUUGCUGGUAAUUUAUUCCUGAAUUAUUCAUUUGUACAAUACAGCUAUUUUCACAAUAAACAGAUAUAGUUAUCCUUUA